CCUGCAGUUCGUGACCUCAUCCGAGAGUACCACGACGUUUUCCCAUAGUCGUUCUCGUACGCCGGCAUCCCACCGAUGCGUGGCGUCGAGCACUCCAUUCAGUUUGUGCCUGACUAUCGUGUUCAUCACCAGGCACCCUACAGACUUUCGAUCCCCGAGGCCACCGAACUCAAGCGUCAGCUUGAGGAGCUCCUGAGACGGGGUUUCAUUAAACCCAGCAACUCCCCGUGGGGUGCACCCGUCCUCUUUGCUCGCAAAGCGGAUGGAACUCUUCGUCUCUGCAUCGACUACCGCGGUCUCAACCGCUACACGGUUAAGAACAGCUACCCCAUGCCUCGUUCCGACGAGUUGUUCGACCGCCUAGCAGGCAACCGCUUCUUUACGAAGAUCGAUCUUCGUAGCGGUUACCAUCAGAUCCGCGUCGCUGCAGUCAAUCAGCCGAAGACCACGUUCUGGUCGCGAUUUGGCCACUACGAGUUCACGGUGAUGCCAUUCGGCCUCACCAAUGCACCCGCUACCUUCCAGAGGGCGAUGAAUGACAUCUUCAGGGACAUCCUGGAGCAGUACGUUCUCGUCUACCUCGACGAUAUCCUGGUCUAUAUUCGUACCCUUGAGGAGCACCUCAGACACCUCCGCGAUGUCCUUGACCGCUUGCGCAGACAUGGCUUCUACGCCAAGCUGAUGGCCUUGGAGAAAAGCGAGUUCUUCUUGUCGGAGAUCUCAUUCUUGGGGUACAUCGUCACGGUCGAUGGACUAAAACUGGAUCCAAGGAAGUUCUUCGUGGAUCACAAAGACCACUGCAUCGGGGAGCACUUCGUCGUCUACUACGUCAUCACACGGCCCAAGCCAGCGGAGAAGGAAGGAACGGUGGCGGUGUACCCAUUCGCCCAGCUCCAAACAAUCAAUCCGGGAUUGUUGGAGCUCAUACAUCUUGAGCUCCUCUCUAUUGCGCAAGUGAUCGCGAGCGAGGAGGAGGAGAUCCAACCACGAUUGCGGACGGCGACGGCCCCGCAGAGAACGUACAACGCGGUCGUCAUCCCGGAUUACAUUGCGCAGCGCGCGGAGAGGUUGGAGGACUUUCCGGAGGAAAAGCCGUUGCGGCCUCCCUCGUCAUAUCCUCGACCGGCGCCACCGAAGGCCCCCAAGAAAACACCGAAAAGGAAGAGACGCCACCCGUCGCCAGGAGCGCAAGGCAGCAGGAUCGGCAGCGGCGAGGAGGUGAUUCAGCCCGCGCGUACGCGGAAUCCUGACCCCGUGCCUGGGAGUGCAGCGGCGCUCGACAAGGAGACGGUCGUGCCAUCGCCGCCCUUUCCGCUUGUGCCCGAUCUCAAUCUUGAUGGAGCCGGGCCAUCAUCAGCAUCAGCAGCCGGAGGAGGAAGCCGAAUGGGAUUUCCGGAUCCCAUAUCCAGACCCCCCGUCCUCGCGGGACCUCUCCGUUCCCGCCAGCCACCCCGGGGUGCCCCGGUCAUUGACAUUAGUAGUUCCUCCGAGCCGGACGGUCCAUUCGACAGAGGUGGACUUCAUGGUGGAGCCCGCCACCAUCAGGCUCGAGGCCAUUGCGGGGGCGCCGCGCCCUGAUCCGGCAUGGGAGCCAUAUCUGACACCCCCUUUUCAAGGGUGUAUUGUGGCGCGAUUGGCUGGGACGCU